GACUUUGUCGACGAGCAGCUCCACAUCGCCGGCCGGGGCGUCGUCAGAUACCGCCAGCCCUUCGGCUCGUUCUCCAACCCGAACCCGCACAUAGCGGUGGCCACCGCCGAGUGGCUGCUGGACGUCAUCCGUGGCUCCCCGUCGGUGAACUGCGGCGCGGAGACGGGCACCGACCUCCUGGAGCUGUACUGCGGGGCCGGCAGCCACACGGUGGCGCUCGCGCCCGCCUUCCGCCACGUGCUGGCGGUGGAGAUCAACAGGCAUCUCGUGGAGGGCGCGAAGUACAACACGGCCGCGAACGGCCUGGAGAACGUCACCGUGGUGCGUGCGCCCUCGGAGGAGUUCUGCAG